AUGGCAACACUCAGUGAAAAGGAGACUCUCCAUCAGGUGGAAGACUCGAAGCCCACUGCCACAGACCAGGAAAUCAGUGCCGUCAAUGCAGACUUUGCUGCUGCCCUGAGUCAGAAUGCUCCGAAUCCAUGGGGACGUGGACAUAUCGCCUUGUACGGUUGCUGUCUCAUCGUGUAUCUCUGUUCCACCAUGAACGGUUACGACGGCUCUCUCAUGGGCAGUAUCAAUGCUCUUCCCAAUUAUCUCCACUACUACAACGUGUCCGAAAAUGAACAGGCGGGAACUGGGAUCGUAUUUGCGAUCUUCCAGGUCGGGCAAAUGACAGGGGCCCUGUUUGUCUGGUUAGCCGACUGGAAAGGAAGAAAGCUCCCAAUAUUCCUCGGCUGUGCCGGCGUGAUAGUCGGCACGAUCGUCACUGCCACAGCUAAGACAAUGGCUAUAUUCAUCGGUGGUCGCUUCUUGCUCUCUUUUUUCUGCACGUGGGCUACAACUGCAGCACCCAUGUACAUCGUCGAAAUCGCGCCCCCUUUGUAUCGUGGCACUGUGUCUGGACUAUAUAACACUCUCUGGUAUAUGGGUUCAAUUAUCGCCACCUUUGCCGUCUAUGGGACGCAUCUCCAUUUUACAUCAAACCUAGACUGGCGGCUACCCCUGUGGCUUCAACUGCUCUGCCCCGGUAUCGUUUGUCUCGGAGUCUGGUUUCUCCCGGAAUCUCCUCGUUUCUUGGUUGCCACCGAUCGCCUGGAUGAAGCUCGAGAUUUCAUUGUGAAAUACCACGCAAAUGGAGAUGGAUCACACCCCAUCGUGAACCUGGAACUCAAUGAAAUUCAAUACAAUUUGCGUGAUGUUCCGUUGGCCUCGUGGAGCAACUUUUUCGAUCUUCGGAUUCUCGUCAAGUCCCGUUCGAGAAGAUACCGAAGCAUGUUGAACCUGGCGUGGAGUUGGUUUGGCCAGUUCUCCGGAAACAACGUGAUUUCUUACUACUUACCUCUGCUCCUUACCAACGUUGGGGUCGCGGACACCAACACCGUGCUCUUACUCAACGCGGUGUAUGCUUUGACUGGUUGGAUCGCUGCCGCUGCUGGAGCUCGCUUCCACGAUGUCUUCGGCCGACGUAAAAUGAUGCUGGGGUCGACCUUUGGCAUGAUCAUCUGCCUGUCUAUCACCGCCGGGACUGCAGCGGGAUACGUCAAUACCGGAUCGAAAAGCUCGUCAGAUGCAAGCAUCGCCUUCAUCUACAUCUUUGGCGUCGUUUUCGCGUUCGCCUACACAAGUAUGCAACCCAUCUACCCUGCCGAGGUCAUGUCAAACGAAAUGCGAGCCAAAGGGAUGUGGCUUUUCCAGUUCACGGCCGGCCUCGCGUCAUUCGUCAACACCUUCGCCGCGCCCGUGGCCUUGAAGAACAUCAAGUACUGGUUUUAUGUGUUCUUCGUGUUCUGGGAUUGCUUCGAGUUCCUCUUCAUCUACUUCUUCUUUGUUGAGACCAAGGGCAGGACUCUGGAGGAGUUGGAUGAGGUGUUCGAAGCGAAGAACCCGAGGAAGGCCAGUACGAGGAAAGUUGUGGUGAGAAGGCGGGAAUUUGUGGACAAGGAAGGUGCCCAUAAUGUUCACGUCUCGAAAGUGGAUCAGCUCGCCUAA